UGGCUGCUGGGUGUUGCGCGCCUUGCCCCUCUCGCUCGCCUCCCAGCCCGCGUCUCCACCCCCUCCGCUCGCCUGCUCCCUGGCGUGACUCGGCACUCGCAGCUCCGGGAGGACACGUCGUGGUCGCCGUUCGCGCUCAGGCCCCGGCCUCCUGCAGCCCGUCUCCGGCCUCUCUCAGGCUCUCUGCUUCAGUUUCGAGGCCGGAAGCGUCGCGGCCGCCCUACCGGGCUCUCUGUGAGGAUGGUGGGAGUGAAGCCGGUCGGGAGCGAUCCAGAUUUCCAGCCGGAGCUGAGCGGGGCGGGCUCCAGACUUGCCGUGGUCAAGUUCACCAUGAGAGGGUGUGGCCCGUGUCUGCGGAUUGCCCCGGCUUUCAGCUCUAUGAGUAAUAAGUACCCACAGGCAGUCUUCUUGGAAGUAGAUGUGCAUCAGUGCCAGGGAACAGCUGCAACCAACAAUAUAUCAGCAACACCUACAUUUUUGUUUUUUCGAAACAAAGUGAGAAUCGAUCAGUAUCAAGGAGCAGAUGCCGUGGGACUAGAAGAGAAAAUCAAGCAGCACUUAGAAAAUGAUCCUGGAAGCAAUGAGGACGCAGACAUUCCAAAGGGCUAUAUGGAUUUAAUGCCUUUUAUUAACAAAGCUGGUUGUGAAUGUCUUAAUGAAAGUGAUGAGCACGGCUUUGACAACUGUUUACGAAAAGACAUGUCCUUCUUGGAGUCUGACUGUGAUGAGCAGCUCCUUAUUACUGUGGCAUUCAAUCAGCCUGUUAAGCUUUAUUCCAUGAAGUUUCAAGGACCAGAUAAUGGUCAGGGUCCUAAAUAUGUAAAAAUUUUUAUCAACCUACCCCGAUCUAUGGAUUUUGAGGAGGCGGAAAGGAGUGAGCCAACUCAAGCUCUGGAACUGACAGAGGAUGACAUUAAAGAAGAUGGCAUUGUUCCUCUUCGUUAUGUUAAAUUUCAGAAUGUUAACAGUGUAACUUUAUUUGUUCAGUCUAAUCAAGGAGAAGAAGAAACAACGAGAAUUUCAUAUUUUACUUUCAUUGGUACUCCAGUCCAGGCAACAAAUAUGAAUGACUUCAAACGAGUGGUUGGCAAAAAAGGGGAAAGCCAUUAGGGUACAAAGACACUGGAAGACUUACUGCAGUCAGACUUGCAGCUCCUGGAUAAUUGCUUGAUUCUCUUCGGAAACUGUUAAUCUUUUAUUUGUUGCCAGUACCAAUAAAUCAUUGCUUUUGUUCAGAUGGCAUCACUAGUGUUUCAGUGUAAUCUCGAUACACGCAGUUGUAAAUAAAAGUCACUACUUUUGCCAAGCUUAA